GCCAGCGCCGCCAUAUUAGGGACCGCGGAGCCCGGGAUCCGGUCCGCGGCGGCCGCGGCCGGGCUUGGGGGAGCUGCGGGGGCCGGAGGCGGGCGCGGCGCGGUGCCGGGAGAGGCGGGGCCGGCGGAAGCCAGCGGGCGACGAGAGCGAGCCAGGCUGACCGCGGCCCGGCCCUGCCUUGCCAUGGACCAGGACUAUGAGCGGCGCCUGCUCCGCCAGAUCGUCAUUCAGAACGAGAACACGAUGCCCUGUGUCACAGAGAUGCGGAGAACCCUGACGCCUGCCAACUCCCCGGUGUCAUCGCCCAGCAAGCACGGAGACCGCUUCAUCCCCUCGAGAGCCGGCGCCAACUGGAGCGUGAACUUCCACAGGAUCAAUGAGAAUGAGAAGUCACCCAGCCAAAACCGGAAGGCCAAGGACGCCACCUCGGACAACGGGAAAGAUGGCCUGGCCUACUCCGCCCUGCUCAAGAAUGAGCUGCUGGGAGCUGGCAUUGAGAAGGUGCAGGACCCACAGACCGAGGACCGCCGGCUGCAGCCGUCCACGCCCGAGAAGAAGGGCCUCUUCACGUACUCCCUCAGCACCAAGCGCUCGAGCCCUGACGAUGGCAACGACGUGUCUCCGUACUCCCUGUCCCCCGUCAGCAACAAGAGUCAGAAGCUGCUCCGGUCUCCACGGAAACCCACUCGCAAGAUCUCCAAGAUCCCCUUCAAGGUCCUGGACGCGCCUGAGCUGCAGGACGACUUCUACCUGAACCUGGUCGACUGGUCGUCCCUCAAUGUGCUCAGCGUGGGGCUGGGGACCUGCGUGUACUUGUGGAGCGCGUGCACCAGCCAGGUGACCCGGCUCUGCGACCUUUCUGUGGAAGGGGACUCAGUAACCUCCGUGGGCUGGUCUGAGCGGGGGAACCUGGUGGCAGUGGGCACACACAAGGGCUUUGUGCAGAUCUGGGACGCAGCUGCAGGGAAGAAGCUGUCCAUGUUGGAAGGCCACACAGCGCGCGUGGGGGCGCUGGCCUGGAACGCUGACCAGCUCUCGUCUGGGAGCCGGGACCGCAUGAUCCUGCAGAGGGACAUCCGUACCCCGCCCCUGCAAUCAGAGCGGCGGCUACAGGGCCACCGGCAGGAGGUGUGCGGGCUUAAGUGGUCCACAGACCACCAGCUCCUCGCCUCAGGGGGCAACGACAAUAAGCUGCUGGUCUGGAACCACUCAAGCCUCAGCCCCGUGCAGCAGUACACAGAGCACCUGGCGGCCGUGAAGGCCAUUGCCUGGUCCCCACACCAGCACGGCCUGCUGGCGUCCGGCGGCGGCACGGCCGACCGCUGUAUCCGCUUCUGGAACACACUCACGGGGCAGCCGCUGCAGUGCAUUGACACGGGCUCCCAAGUGUGCAACCUUGCCUGGUCCAAGCACGCCAACGAGCUGGUGAGCACACACGGCUACUCGCAGAACCAGAUCCUCGUUUGGAAGUACCCGUCCCUGACCCAGGUGGCCAAGUUGACCGGGCACUCCUACCGCGUCCUGUACCUGGCGAUGUCCCCUGAUGGGGAGGCCAUAGUCACCGGUGCUGGGGACGAGACCCUGAGGUUCUGGAAUGUCUUCAGCAAAACCCGUUCGACAAAGGUAAAGUCGGAGUCCGUGUCUGUCCUCAACCUCUUCACCAGGAUCCGGUAAACCUGCCGGGCGGGACACGCGGCGCCAGCUGUCCGGGGUUUGGAGACCCCCAGCCGUGCUCAGCUUGCAUGGACCCUGCCUCCUGCACAACCCCAGAGGGGCGGCCGGGGCGGGAGCUGGGCCUGGAGAACCCUGGAGUCUCAUUAAACGCCUGAUUGUGAGCACGUCGCCGGUGUUUGGGGUGGGCCCGUGGGGGGCUCCAUCUCCCUCCCGAAGGCCAAGAACCACCGUGGGUGGCCACGUGGCCCUGGUCGGACCAUUUACACCUGGAGCAGGAUGGAUGCCCCAGACGCUCGCCUGCCGCACCUGUCACCUGGUCGGGGCUGCAUGCCUUUCCUGGAAGCCACCUCUGCUUACGCGCCUGGGACAGACAGCUGGACACGGGGGCCUGGCACCCCCGGCUGCCUCUUCACAGAUGCAGCCCUCCGCCAGCCCAGAGCCAGGUGGCUGCGGGGGCCUGUGAGCCCACAGGUGCCGGUGCACCAAGGGGCCCCAGCUGGGUUGGAGGCAUCUUUGCUGCCAUCUCUGUGGUCAGCGCCCCAGGCAGGGUCGCGGAUGAAGCGCUACGUGGAGCGACGCCCGCGGGCAGCAGCCCCAGUUGGGGUCCGAGCGUCCUGCUGGGCCGUGGCCCUCGCACCGGAGAAGCUCUGCAGAGGGAAUCGUCCUCCAGGAAAGCAGAAGGAACCCGUUCGCCAUGCUGGCUGGAGAGUGACCUCAUCGUGUCCCCAGUGGGGUCCAGCAUCCUCCUUCCCCAAGCCAGACUCAAGUUCCUCGUGCUUGUGGGUGGCCGGGGUCCCUUUGAAAGUGGCUGGGUCUGGGUGACCGUGGGGGCCUCACCGUUCUCGGCUGACUCAUGCUGUUGUGUCCGUCUGUGCUGAUGCCGUGGGGAGGCCAGGGCAGAAGGGUUGGGCCUUGGUCCUUCCAGAAGCUUCCUGGGCUUUCCCUGACACCUGACGCUCAGAUACUGGCUUAUGCUCUCCUGUCCCUGGACAGCAGGCAGGGGUGAGACCGGCUGUGGGGUGGAGCACGAGGGUGUGUGCAUGUGUACAUACGUAUCUGUGACUUUUCUUUGGACUUCCACGUUUUUGUUUGAGGCUAGACAGCGAGGGGCUGGGGCCUGCCAGGCCUCCCACCACCCGCCACCCAGCCACUGCUCCUGGGGGCCAGGUCACCGGGCCAGAGCCUACUUGUGUAGAGGAGGCAGGUCGCUGCACUCCCGGGACGACUGGUAUCCACCUGCGCGUCCCACCCCUCCUGCCUCGGCAGGUCGUGUGUACAUAGGAGGUGUGCGUUUGAUUGGUCUAGUCUUAUUGUUUGAGUUUUUUUUUUAACGAGAAAACAAACCCCACCUUCCCCUCACUCAGCCCUGUGCGUUGCCGGGCUGGAGCCCGGAGCUGCUGUCAGCAGGGGGCCUGGUUGGCUCUGAGCGUGGGACCCGCACGGGCCUCUGUGGGACCCUCCCCUGGGCUCAGAACCACUGCAGGUCCACACGCAGGAGAGGGCGACACACUUGUCGCCUUGGCAGGUGACUGUGGCUGCAGAGGCGGGUGGCGGGUGCCCUGCAGGACAGACGGAGCCUUGUUUUCCAUGUAAUGCAGUGUCACCGUCAUUAAACAAGUUGUGGAUUCAUGCA